GAUAAAUAAUAACAAAAUAAUACAAUAAACCAUAAAAAGUAAAAACACAUAAAAAAGUUGUGUCUACAGGUUGUUGUCUUGUAUAUUAGUAUUUUCUUUCAGGAUUCCUUUUGCAGGUUGUAUUUUUCUGCAAAGCACAAUUGCAUUGGUUAAAAAUAUAAAUAUCCUUUGUUUUCAGAACAUGGUGCUGAAUUGCUAGCCUUCUACAUCAUCAUGUUUGUGUUUCAUUAAUAAAUGUUGAUUCUGUAGCUGGGAAAAAUAAAUCAAUGGCAGUUUCAUAUCGUAUUCUUCUGUAUUUCCUUUUAUUCUUGGAUGAAAACAUCAUUGAUGAACAAACCAUUUGUGCACUUUUUAGUAGUUCAUGGUGUUUUCUGUUUUAAUUUGAAGUAAAACCCAUUUACACGUAAAUUUGGUUUUCCUUAGUCUAAGGGUUAUGGAAAAAUAAAUACAGAAUUUUACUACAAGUAAAUUACCAUCUCCAGGUAAUUUUAAAAAGGCCGGAGCACAAAAACGAAAGCGUUCCGAAUUAGGGGCGCUCCGAGAAUCGAACUCGGGACCUCUCGCACCCAAAGCGAGAAUCAUACCACUAGACCAAGCGCCCAACGAGAACUUUCCUUAUGUAACUUAUUUUACAUUUCCAAAUUCUAACCCUUCCACAUUGUUUAGGGUUCCUGACCCCGACUAUAAGACCACAACUUACGGUAUUCCCAUAGUCAAGCGACUCUAAAACCCUCUUUGUCGCCAUCGUCUCUUUCUCUGUGGCGGUAACUUCUUAGCUUUCUUUCAUUGUAAAAAUGGCGACGGUUCCAGGUCAGUUGAUUUGGGAGAUCGUGAAGAAGAACAACUGUUUCUUGGUGAAGGAGUUCGGCAGAGGCAACGCCAGCGUCCAGUUCAGUAAGGAGAGCAACAAUCUCUACAAUCUCAACUCUUACAAGCACUCUGGUCUAGCAAACAAGAAGACUGUAACUAUUCAGUCUGGAGGGAAGGAUCAGUCAGUGUUGCUUGCCACCUCAAAGACUAAGAAGCAGAACAAACCUUCAAGUUUGCUUCAUAAAUCUGUUAUGAGGAAGGAGUUUCCUAGGAUGGCUAAGGCUGUUGUCAAUCAGGUUGCAGAUAAUUACUACCGACCAGAUUUGAAGAAGGCAGCCCUUGCAAGACUUAGUGCUGUUCAUAGGAGCCUUAAGGUAGCCAAAUCUGGAGUCAAGAAGAGGAACAGGCAGGCUGUUAAGAUCCCUGGUAGGAAGUGACAUAUUUAGGGAACAUGAUAUGAUUGCAUCAGUGUUGGUUUUCUUUAGUUCCAAAGUUUCAGACGGCAAAAUUUUCACUUUAUGUUCCAGGUUGAUGUAUUGGAAGUAUUGUUACCUCUGCUAGAGAUGUUAAACCUAAAUUUGGAGAUAACUAGCUAUGAGUUUAAUUUUUGUGCAUUUGGAAAUUUCAAUUACACUAUACAUGGGUGUGCAUUUUGAAUCUUCA